CCUCCACUUGGUGCCAGGCAGCGUAACCGGACGGCGCUUGUUCAGCUCGCGAGAAGCUGCGACCCGCCCACAUCGGAUUUGUUUGACGAGCGACUGGGCUACGACAUGCGCGAGGCUUUUUUACCCUCUUUAUCCUCGCGUCCCCUGGCAGAUUUUCCGGCGGAUCCACUCAUAGCAGUUUCACAUGGCGACCUGAGACUACUGACUACAGCGCGAUCUUUUCCCAAAUAAAUUCCCGGUCUCCCGCCGCCGACCAGCUACGGACUGACUUACCGGUUAAACUAACAAAAAGAUCCGUUCAAACUGUACUGGAUCCAUUGGACUAGUUGGCGCCCGAACCUUUGUCAAGAAAAACAAAACCACACAAGAAAGAAAGAAAAAAAAAAAAUAGCUACGAACAAGCUCAGCUCAGCUUUCAUAGGCCGGCCUGUAGGUAGGUCGGUCGGGGGUUGCACAAAUCAAUUCGGUGUACUUGGAACUUGGGACUUACAGGACCUUGGACCCAAGAAAACAAAGACCAUCAGAGAAGCUGAGACCAGCUGGACACACGAAAGGGAGCCACAAAGAACGUAAAUCACCAUCAGGGGCAAUUUCGCAGCCAUGGCCCGGAAUCGAGUUCUUUCUUUUGUGUCCCAGUUCUCUGCUGCGGGUAGGGACCACAACAACAGAACCCCGACACCUACUUCCAACUCACCUCCCAGGAGCAACGGCACAACCCCGUUUCCGCCUCUGCAGACCUCACUCGGACACAGCCACGAAACCACAAACUCGGUCUUCUCGCCAACCCCAUCGUCGCCGACUCGGCCCGACUUUACCGCCUCACCUGUAGCCGCGUCCCUGAACGGUGAUUCACCCCCAGACUCGAGCCCACGGACAGGGAGACAAAGAGCAAAUUCCAGACCUCUUUCUAUGGUACAAACGUAUACGCCGCCAGUCAUGGAUGUCAAUGAGGAUACUAUUCCCGAAUUGCAACCAAUCUUUACCUUUCUUAACAAUCAUUCAAACAAGCUAUAUCAGGAGGGAUACUUCCUGAAGCUGGACGAUCAGAAUUCUCAGGGUCGACCGAAUCCCGAUCGAACAUGGACCGAGUGCUUUGCACAACUUGUGGGCACCGUACUCUCUCUGUGGGAUGCCGCGGAGCUGGAUGCUGCGGGUGAACAUGGAGAGGUCCUCCCAAAGUUUAUUAAUCUAACAGACGCUUCGAUCAAGAUGAUCGAAUCUCUACCCACCAGGUCCAACGACGAGCAGCCUCUCCAGAACAUUCUGAGCAUAUCGACUGCAGGUCGUAACCGUUACCUAUUGCACUUCAAUUCGCACCACUCUCUGAUUCAAUGGACCGCCGGCAUCCGUCUCGCCAUGUUUGAGCACACAACACUUCAGGAGGCAUAUACUGGUGCGCUGAUAGCUGGCAAGGGCAAGACAUUGAACAACAUAGGCGUUGUAAUGGAGCGGUCCAGGCUCAAGACCGAAGACUGGGUCCGUGUUCGUUUUGGGGCAGGUGUGCCCUGGAGGAGAUGUUGGUGUGUAAUAACACCACCGGAUGAGAAGGAAUAUCAGAAACAACAGAAGGAAAUGAAGAAGCGUUCACCGUACGAUCGAUCGCCCGUUCCUCUCCUGAAGGGAGACAUCAAAUUUUACGACACUAGAAAGGACGGGAAGAAGCAGAAGAAGGCCAAACCGAUUGCUUCGAUAUCAGACGCAUAUGCGGCAUAUGCAAUAUACCCACAGGCCAAAUCCCUGAUCGAUGCGUCGACUCUACUCAAGAUUGAGGGCAAUAUCACCAUUCACUCCGAACCACCAUCAUCUACGGAAGGUUUCGUUUUCAUCAUGCCCGAGUCGCAUCCCGCUGUUAGCGGCUUCGAGAUGCUCUUGAGGUAUCUUUUCCCGACAUGGGAUACUUUUGGUCUCUACGGCCGACCAGGACGCCUUAUUGCAAGCGUUCUAGACCAGCGAUCCCUCAUGUUUGGCAUGCCCAAACACAAAAAGUACGGGUAUUUGGAGAUUCUAGAUGUCACGAGCCUCAUACUUUCGGAUGGCAGCGGCUCUUGGUCAGAGAAGGAAUGGAGACGACGUCUGAAGGAGCUCACCGCUGCAAGAAUGACUGCUAUGGAUGAAGAUAUGAAGGCGAAUGGACAUAGCCGCAGUGCAAGUCGGAGAAGUGCCAGGCUUAGCAUUGGGCCCGGGUCGAGUGUCACUCAGUCAAGACCUCGGGUUAAUUUUGCUGAAGAGUCGGAUACGAGGCGAACAUCUCGGUCCAUGACGGUGUCUGAAAUACGCAGUCAUCGUAACGAUUCUGCGCCGCCGGCAGCAGAGAGACAGCGUGUCCCGUCGGCUCCGAUCCAAAAUGGUCACAGUCGAAAUGGUUCUGAUACACGCUUAGAGACACAGUUUGACAGACAGAUGCCGCCGUAUCGCAACACACCAGGUUUCGAUAGCCCUGCUUCCAUAGCCUCUCCGUCACCAAUUAAUGGGGGACCGCAGACGCGUGGCUUCGUUAACGACUUGGCUUCUACGCCGGAGCGCCUCAGCUCGGAAGAUGAGCUUCCUCAAAACCCACCGCCUCGAGACUUUGGAAAUAUGGAGCGCAUGCAGACGCCCGAGCCUGUUCACCCUCCACCAGCGUUCUCGCACGCCCCAUCGUCUCGGCCAGCAGGAAAGCCAUAUCACUCACCCGAGCUUCGCAGAGCCAACAGCCGUCUAUCCAGCACAACCCUGGCGCAGCUUGCCAAUGCUGGUGGAGUCAAGCCCGAGUCCUACAAGGAUGAAUUCGGAAGAACGAGCAGCGAGUCUAGCUCGGGGUCACGACCUGUACAAGGCGACCCAAGAAGCCAAGCGGUACAUGCACACGUCAACUCUCUAGGGAUCACAGCUAAUUCUAACCGAUCUCAUGAAGCUAUAAAUCAAUCAAGUGACAGGUCUACCCCUACCCCUUCUGCGCAGCCUUCGGGCCCGGCAACGCCGCGGGACGCCGGUUCCCAACUGCACAAGUCACCACUGAACCAGGCAAUGGUGCCGCCGUCAGGUCAAGAGGUGGAGUCCCAGAUGUCACAUCCCCGUUAUGAAUCUCGAACAGGCAGCACCCCAUCGUCUGGGCCUGUCCAUAGGAAACCCUUACCCCAACAGGCACAUCAUACCCUUGCACAGAUUACCCGUCGAGACACUCAGCGUAGUGAAACCAGCAACUAUGAUGACGAGGACUCCACUGCUGGCAGCCACGACUACGCCAGCACCACAUCAGCCGAAAGUGUCAAAUCUGUCGAGCGACCACGCAUGGGCGUUCUCAAAACUGUAGGUGCUGAGAAUCAGGCCCAGCUAACAAACGCCGACAAGAGUUAUGACAUACCGCAAAUCGACUUUGGACCCACCAUCAACUAUGCAGCUACCAGUGCACCUCGAAGCAAGACACCAACGCCAUUGGCUAACAAUGAAGUCCAUGGGUCCCACGCGCGUUCACCCAGCACCAGUCUCUCACCUAGUCCUGGGCAGGGUCAUCAUCGCCAGGGCUCAAGUGAUACACUGCGGAAGAUGGCAUGGCAACCAGGCGCGGUUGCUGGUAGCUCAGAUCGCCCUGGUGCACUCACCCCGGAACAGUAUGUCCAGCAGAAGGCGGCAGCGGCAUCAGCUACGCCUUUGUACGCACAUUCCCGUUCGCCUUCCAGUAACACGCUCACUACCAUGCGGAACAACACCACAACGCCGCCCUUGGCCAAGCGGAGGUCCAGUUAUGACAUGCUGCGACCUAGAGAGGGCCAUUCAAGGUCAAGUUCGGCCGACCUGCUGAGACCUGGCUCCCAAGGUGCCCUUACAGCCCUCGGUUAUGGCUCUGGAGACGCACUGAAUCGCACGUCGGCACGAGAGCAGGAGCACGUUGCCCGAGGGAGUGGUGGGCACCCAGUCUCCAUGGCUACAAACAAGGGAUCGAUGCAGUCUGGCGGUCUCGUGGGCGUAAUUCAGGCGAGGGAAAGAGAAAAGGCAGAGAUGAAACAAGGUGUCAGCUCAGCUUUGGCCUAUGAGGCCAUGAAUCGACAAGAACGUGAGAUGCGGCAGCAGCAGCAGCAGCAACUACAGUACACGGCCCAAGCAGCGUAUGGUGCACCCUCUCAACCAGGCUUUGCUGGAGUGGCCAUGUUGGCCAGGCUGGUUCACAUUGGGGUGGUCCAGCGGCCAUACCACGUGGUGAAAUGGGAUAUGUGGGCGGAUACGGCCAACCUGAGCUUCAACCAUCACCGCAAUUCCAGAAUGCUGUACAAGGCUCACCAGCCUCCCAAUACAGCCCUGGAAGCUUCUCGCGACCUUGGCCACGUCAAGGUCAAGCGCAAGGGUUCUCACACGCAACGCCUCCGGCUGGACGACACUCCCCAGCAGGCCGAACAGAAGCCAUGGGCAACAUGGGACGUGGAACUCAGGCUCAUCGAGGUCAGGCAUUUUAGAGGAUGGCAACCCCGAUCCUGA